CAGAAGCGUGUCAGAUCCAGACCAGAAAGGCCAGUGACACGUCGCGGACGGACAAAGACGCGCGCCCCUGAGCGAGAGGGCAGCGCCACCAUGGGGUCGUCAUCAGCCGGUGUCAGUCCGGAGAUGCUGGGCCUGGACGAAGCCUUGCUGAGCGUACUGUCAAGCAUUGCUGACACCCGUGUGGGCCUGUACCGGCUCAGCGAUGACUGCUACAGGUGUCCGUAUAAGCUGUUGGGACUCCUUGACGCGGGUCAAAACUACACCUUCAAGUUCAACACUAAACGAGGAUGGAUGCUAGCGGUUAAGAACAGCGACGCCGAAUACGUGUCCUCCGUAGACUCAGACAAGAAUGAGCUGUGUGCCCUGCAUGCCGGGCUGGGGGACAGGGGCGUCUACAGCCUGGCCGUCAGCUCGUCCGACUGCACCCUCAGCACGCUCCAGCAGCCGAACAACAUCUACACCCCGCUGUGGAUUUUUGCCGUGGUCUUGCUCGUGCUAGCAACGAUACACGGCCUAUGGUCCUGCGUCGCGGCCAGACUCCGGCGUUGCUGGAACGACGGCUCUGACCUGCCAUCUGGCGAGCUUCCCGAGAGGCUCGACUCGAAGCAGAAGUCAGCGAGGCUGGCCGCGCUUGACGUGUUCAGAGGGAUCACCAUCUUGCUGAUGAUCUUCGUCAACGAGUGGCAGGGCCAGUACUGGUUCUUCGAGCACGCCGCCUGGAACGGCCUGCUCGUGGCUGACCUCGUCUUCCCCUGGUUUAUGUGGAUAAUGGGUGUUUGCAUACCUUUGUCACUCGGAUCGCAAAUUCGGAAGGAGAAAUCGAUGACCAAAAUCAUUUACCACAUUUUCAAGCGUUCCUGGUGGCUGCUGCUGAUCGGCGUGGUGCUGAACUCUCUGGGCGGCUACAUGCGCCUCGAGACGUACCGUAUACCGGGCGUGCUGCAGCGGUUCGCCGUCACUUACCUGGUUAUGGCUCUGGCCACCCUACCCGCCAUGGCUCGCCGGCCCCGACUGCCCGAGGGUGGCGGGAUCCGAGCCGCUGUCUGUGACGUCACCAGUCUGUGGCCGCAGUGGCUUCUGGCGCUGGCUAUUGUGGCCGGGCACACGGCUGUCACCUUCUACCUGCCAGUGCCCGGCUGUCCAACGGGCUACCUGGGUCCUGGUGGUCUGUAUGACAACGCCAGUGUUCCGGGGUCAUGCAUAGGUGGCGCUGCAGGUUACGUGGACCGAUUGAUUGCAGGCGAUGCGCAUAUCUAUCAGAAUCCAACUGCAAAGCAUAUUUACGGUUCCGGUGCCUUUGACCCGGAGGGAUUUUUAGGCGUGCUGAUGUCGUGCGUGAGCGUGUUCCUGGGGGUGCAGGCUGGCAUGACGCUGCACCUGUACCGCGCCUGGCCGGCCCGGCUGCGGCGCUGGGCCGCCUGGGGCCUGCUGACCGGUGCCGCCGCCGCAGCUCUCUGCGGCUGCUCUCAGGACGGCGGCCUCAUCCCCGUGAACAAGAACAUCUGGUCGCUCUCUUAUACCCUGCUGACGGCCAGUUUUGCAUUUUUCCUGCUGAUUCUGUGUUACGUCACCGUGGACGUGCUCAGGUGGUGGAGCGGAAGCCCGUUCUUCUAUCCAGGAAGGAACGCGCUGCUGAUGUACGUGGGUCACAUGAUGGCGUUCGAGCUGUUCCCGUUCCAGUGGGAGUACGGCGCCAUGGACAGCCACCUGUGGCGGCUGGCCGAGGCCCUCUGGGGCGUGCUCUGCUGGCUGGUGGUGGCUGUCUGGCUGCACGAGAAAAAAUACUUCUGGAAACUGUGAAUGGCGCAUGGGUAGCGACGAUGCAGCCCACUCGGAAGGAGUCUUCUCUUUAUGCAGUUGGUAGCGCACAUUUCAAUCCUUGAAGUGGAUGGUUAAAUAGACGAUAGAAUGCGGUGAGAUCUUGUGUUCGCGCGAAAUGUGGUAUUUCUUGACAACGCACAGGACGUGGCACUGUGUGAUGAGCCAAGUUAUUCGGGAGCUAAAACGACCGGCUGAAAUAGCCUACGCCUUUACCAUGGAGCGUUGUGUGAUUUGAACGGAUCAAGUGAUGCGAUUUCUUUGAGGCACGCCAGACAUAAAGCCUUAGAAGGUCCCACGAUACGAUGAUACUUUAUGCGCCUGAGAAGGUAGAGCAGGUGGAGUACAAUGCAUACAUGUCCGCAGGUGAGUAUUUCUGCGCCAUCAAGCUUGCCGCCUAAAUGAACAAACGAAUAAAAGACAUGUACAGGUAACCAGUUCUAUCCUGACGGCCAUUUUGGAUCGGCCAUCACUGGGAUGCACAAUGUGCCAAAUGGAAUGUUUGUGCUGUAUCUGAAGGAACCAAUAAAGGCAUGUGUACA